CAUGUUUAGGUUGUGGGCGGGGCAACAACUGCGGCUGCGCGGAGUCGUAGCUCCAGUAGUCCAAGUAAUAUGACUGGCGGGAAGAGCUGCAGCAACAACAAGGAUUCGGAGCCCAGCAUGGACGUGGAUGUGGAUUCCAGCCGGACGGAGAGCGAGCGGGGAGACCUGGACAGCAGCGUUCCCGUUGCGUGCUCGUCCAACGGCAGCGGCGGGGAGGAGGACGACGCGGAGGGCCUGUGCAGGCCCCGAGAAACCGGGGGCUCGAGUGACCAGCUCACACCGGAUGAAGGCGCCGAUAGAGGCAUCGGCAAGGAGCAAGAAGUGUCGGUGGAAAUUGGAGAGACGUAUUUGUGUCAAAGAACCGAUAAAACAUGGCACAUGGCCGAGGUGAUCCAGUCCCGCCUCAACGAGCAGGAGGCCCGGGAGGAGUUCUAUGUCCACUAUGUGGGAUUUAACCGGCGCCUGGACGAGUGGGUGGGGAAGAACCGGCUGGCGCUCACCAAGACAGUGAAGGACGCCGUGAGGAAAAACUCGGAGGUUGGAGGAGUCGGAGACCUCGGCGAUCAGCCCGAGAGGAAGAUCACGCGCAACCAGAAGAGGAAGCAUGAUGAGAUCAACCACGUGCAGAAGACCUACGCCGAGAUGGACCCGACUACAGCUGCUCUGGAGAAGGAGCAUGAGGCGAUCACCAAGGUGAAGUACGUGGAUAAGAUCCAGAUCGGGAACUUUGAGAUCGACGCCUGGUACUUCUCUCCGUUCCCAGAGGACUAUGGGAAGCAGCCCAAGCUCUGGAUCUGCGAGUUCUGCCUGAAGUACAUGAAGUACGAGAAAACGUUCAGACACCACCUGUCUCACUGCCAGUGGAGGCAGCCUCCAGGGAAGGAGAUCUACCGCAGGACCAACAUCUCCGUCUAUGAGGUGGACGGCCGGGACCACAAGAUCUACUGCCAGAACCUGUGCCUGCUGGCCAAGCUGUUCCUGGACCAUAAGACGCUUUACUUUGAUGUGGAGCCGUUCAUCUUCUACAUUCUGACCGAAGUCACCAAGCAGGGAGCGCAUAUCGUUGGCUAUUUCUCCAAGGAAAAAGAAUCUCCAGAUGGGAACAACGUGGCGUGUAUUCUGACGCUGCCGCCGUACCAACGCAGAGGCUACGGGAAGUUCCUCAUAGCUUUCAGCUACGAGCUGUCCAAGCUGGAGAACGCGGUCGGCUCGCCGGAGAAGCCGUUGUCAGAUCUGGGCAAGCUGAGCUACCGGAGCUACUGGUCCUGGGUUCUGCUGGAGAUCCUGCGGGACUUCAGGGGGACGCUGUCCAUCAAGGACCUCAGGUCGGUCCCGCACCGGGAGGGGGGUCUGAGCCGCAGCCAGAGGACUUUCAGAAAUUCAGCACACCCCUCAGAGACGAUCACACGAUCGGCUGUUUACUGCGAUUUAGUGUUUACAUUUAAAAUAGUUUCUGUUCUGGUCCGAGCAACCUGGUUCCUAGCAGAACCAGAACCUGCUGACCCGCUGCUGUCUUCCAGCCAGAUGACCAGCAUCACUCAGAGUGACAUCAUCAGCACUCUGCAGUCGCUCAACAUGGUGAAGUACUGGAAGGGCCAACACGUCAUCUGUGUCACGCCCAAACUGGUGGAGGAGCACCUGAAGAGCGCCCAGUACAAGAAGCCGCCCAUCACAGUGGACACCAUGUGUCUCAAGUGGGCGCCUCCCAAGAACAAACAGGCCAAGCUGUCGAAGAAGUGAGGAAGAGGAGCUGCUCGUCUUCAUCACCUGAACUUUUGGAACCAGAAUUAUAAAGCAACGUCCAGAGUGACGAAAACCCAGAGGUCCAGUUACAGCAAAACACCCAGAACCGGACCAGCAGAACCGGACCAGGAAACGUUUGGUCGAUGGCUUGUCAGCAGGUUCUGCAGGGAAGCAUCUGGAACCGAACCGGAACCUCCAGAACCAAAUCUUAGGACACCGCCCUCCGGUGAUGAAGGUGCAGUGGCGUCGGCCAUCUUGGAUCCCAACAUGGAGGCCCUGCAGGGAUUUGAAGGGGCAGCGGUGUUAACCCCUUCCUCACCAGGCAGAUCUCAGGUU